AUGCUCUCCUCUAUGCGUCGAGCAUCGUUCUUGGCGCCGUCCGGGACGGACCAAGACCCGGAGAGCCCUUCCAACACAGGUGUUGGAGGAAUGCUCUCUAGGGUUCGAAGGGCAUCGAUAGCGCCAUUGAAUGCUGUGCAGCACUCGUCCAGUCGGGUCAGAGGCAUGUUGACGAACCUUCGCCGCGCGUCCUUUAUGUCGCUCGGCGGGCUCCGAAGGGACAAAGGAGUUGUGCUGCCUCCGAUUGAGAAGAGAAAAUCCCGACGCUCGAAGAUUUCGUCGAAGAAACUUAGUCGAGUGCAGACUUCCGUCCUGAUGGAGCCCCAUGUCGAGCAUACGCACCUCCUGCUUCAACAUGCAGUGUACAGAGGGGAUGAUCCGUUCAAGAACUUGAACAGCGUUUGGCUUGGCGGCGGCGACAAAGGUGAGCUGAAAGAGGAAGACUCGGACGAAGAAGAUGAAAACAUGGAAGACAUGACGGACGAAAGAAGGGAGGAGCUACAAGAAAAGGCAGCCAAAAAGGCCGCAAAAGAGAAGUUUCUGGAGGAUGAGAAGGCACGAAUCCGGCAGCUGCGAAAUACGGCGCUGGGUCAUUUGACCUGGCUGCGGGGCCACAACCUAGGUGCUGACCUCGUGCCGACCUGGAAGGUCCUGAAGGCAAAGUCUGAAGAUCUGCAGUCGAAGAACAGGUUGAAAGGACCUACCCGGAUUGGAGGCGACAUUUGGUACAAGGCAUACACUCCCAACAGCCAGAAGGACUGGUGCUGGAAAGGCAGCUUUGUGAACGAGGUUCGUUUUCUCGCAGAGAGUCAGAACAUGCCACUAGCAUGGCUCAGCGUCAAGACGGCCCAACGGCUGUUUCAGCAAGACCCCAGCUUCAAAAAGGCCGUGGUUUAUCACGUGGUCGCGGUCUCCACAGAUCACAGCCGUUAUUUGUGGAGCGAUGCCUUUGUUCAGCUGCUUACGGUCAUCCAAGAGGAGCAAAGCUUUGAAUACGGGCGAGUGUGCCUGUCUCCAGAAGACAUGGCCCAGAAGUACCCCCAGGCACGGUUUCCAACUCCUGGCAAGUACGAGAAGGUGAAGAAGGAUGAGGCCGUGACAAGACCAGUUCCCGCGCUGCUCGUACGAAGCAUUGGGAAGUCCACGACGCCACCUGAACCGCCGCCGCUUCCCGAAAGGUUGCCGUGUCCCGUUGCGUAUGAGAUGACGGAGCCGUGGAUGAGCAUAUUCGCCUCGAAAGCUGAGCAGAAGAACGUGAUGAACAACUUCCGGAGCAGGACCUCAACCUACCAAACAAUGAGCCCAGGCCGAAGUGGCAGAUUUGGGGAGCUUGAAGAGUUUGACAACGAAGAAGGGGAAGGCAAUGAAGAGGCUGAGGAGGAAGAGUUAGAAAAUGACGAGGAAGUCGAGGACUCUGAUGAAGAUGUCGGCCCGGCUGGCCUGGAUGCGACGGGUUAUGAGGAAGACCAGCCGGAAGAUGAAAGCGAAGGCUUCGACAGCAUCAGCGAGAAUGGGGAAGAUGACAGAGAAGAGAACCCUCAAGACGAGGACAAAGGAUUCGAGGAAGAUUCUGCCCCUCGCGCCACGGAGCUUCCGAUGACGGAAGCUGAGCAAGACGUGGAUCAGUUUGGUGAAGAAGAUGAAGUACAGCCAGUCAUGCGGGCUUCCAGAAGCUACGAGCUCGGCGAAGACUCAGAACCAGUGGCACGGAGAGGGUCCCGCCGUCAGUCCAAAGAGUGA